CUGAAAGAGGAGAAACAGUUACUGUGGAUUUGUACAGAACUCAUCACAGGAACAACUCUCUCUGAGGUCUGUCUGAUCAGAAGCGAGUGGGACUCCAUUCUCUCCUCCUCAGUAGAUUCUCUUUAGAAGCCCCACAGUGAAGGCACAGUGAUAUCUUUGGACAAUUGAAGCAAACGCACGCAUUUGCCUCAGGAAAUGUCCUGCUGCUGUUGUCCUCUGCCAGUCCAUGUUGCUUCCGUGAGGACUCGGCCACUACAAAGUCUACAACUGAAGAUAUGUGGUUUUGUCAUUUUCCUAUGGAGCAAUAAAGCCCAGCUACUAUGUUCACUCUAUUACUGAGGGGAUUCCCAGGUUAUGGAGUUGUGUUGUGAGACCGUGAUGUCAGCAGUAGAACAGCAGACUCAAUGGAACUGCGCUGAGAGAGGAAAUGCACCAGUCUGUAUGGCUUAAACAGACCAUAAUAUGUCAUUGCAAUUCUCCCAACCUGAAUUGGUCCCAUUACCCUCUCGGUCCUAGAAGUGUUGUCUUUUCCAAACCAAUCAAUGGAGGACACGUUGCAUUAUUCUAAGGAGUGGGAGUGCAUUCUUCUCAAUAAUAUAAACAAAUCCAAAUGUAUAUGUUAAUCUAGUAGGGAUUGGUAUGGUAUACUUGACUUUUGCCCCUAAAAUAACUUCCUGAACAAACUGUAAAGUAGGACUACAACUUUUGUUUUGGAGGACUACAACAGGAAGUUUAGUAGAACUAUAACCCCCAUUACCCACCAUGGUGUUGCCGCAGCCAGACAAGCGCCAUGUGUGCCUGACCACAAUGGUGGUCAUGACCAGCAUGGCCUUUAUGGAUGCCUACCUAGUCGAGCAGAACCAAGGGCCCAGGAAGAUUGGGGUGUGCAUAAUCGUGCUGGUGGGAGACAUCUGUUUCCUCAUCGUGCUGCGCUAUGUGGCGGUUUGGGUCGGGGCCGAGGUGAAAACUGCCAAGCGUGGCUAUGCCAUGAUCCUCUGGUUCCUCUACAUCUUCGUCCUGGAGAUCAAACUCUACUUCGUCUUCCAGAACUACAAGGCGGACAGGAAGAGCCUGGAGACGGUGGCCCGCAAGGCUCUAACCUUACUCCUCUCUGUGUGCGUCCCGGGGCUGUACCUGGUCCUUGUUGCUCUGGACAGCAUGGAGUAUGUGAGAACCUUCCGGAAGAAGGAGGACAUGCGGGGGAGGCUGUUCUGGGUGGCCCUGGACCUGCUGGAUGUUCUGGACAUCCAGGCCAACCUGUGGGAGCCCCAGCGGACGGGCCUACCCAUCUGGGCCGAGGGACUGAUGUUCUUCUACUGCUACAUCCUCCUCCUUAUCCUGCCCUGUGUCUCCCUGUCUGAGAUCAGUGUCCAGGGGGAGCACGUCUCGCCCCAGAAGAUGAUGCUGUACCCUGUUCUUAGUCUUGUUACCAUAAACAUAGUGACAAUCAUGAUCCGUGGGGUCAACAUGGUGCUGUUCCAGGAUAGUAGGGUUUCCACAAUCUUCAUAGGGAAGAACGUGGUGGCCAUAGCCACGAAGGCCUGUACGUUUCUGGAGUACAGGAGGCAGGUGAAGGAGUUCCCUCCACAGGACCCUAGCAUGGCAGGUAUAGCAUUAGAGCUGCAACAAGGGAACUCUGUGGGUCACAACCACGGGCACAACCAGACCUUGCCCAAUGCCACCACUAGCCUCCCCGACGAACCCUCACCGACCGAGGUCAUAGACACAUGACCCUCGCCCAUGGAUAGUUACAUCCUUUUCACACUGUAAUGCCGAGCGGAUCCAUACUGUGAUGGCUUGGGUAUUUUUUUUUCACACUGUGCUUUCCAGCAACUACCAGCGCAGUACAGCUUGGCUUAGCUUGGCUUAGUAGUGUGAAAAGUGUGGCAAGUGUCUGACCCUGGGCAAAGCUAGACUGGACUAGACUUCUCAGAGCUCAGCUAGACUGAACUAGACUUCUCAGAGCACAGGAUGACCCCAAAAAAGACUGUUUCCGUCCAAUGGGGUGGCAGAAAGAAACAUCAUGUUUCACUGAGUCCGCUCCAGCUCAGGAAAACGGCCCAGCGCCUUGCCAGCCAGCCUACCAGAUGAACUGAUGAGAUCAUUCUGAUAAAGACUGAUGUGUUUUUCUAUUCUAUUGUGUGUGUUUCUAUACUUCUAUAUGGUGGACUAGCAGACAGAC